UAUGAAAGCAAAUUAUUCAUUAACUAAGAAAAAGAAUUCAAAAUUUGAUUUAACAAGACCCUUAGUUGAUAUUCAGAAAGUGUCGGAUGUAAUCGAUAAACCGGAUACACGCGGGGACAAUUCAGCUAGUCUAACAUGGGUGCCCGGAAUUCAUAAAAUCGGAAUCAUCACAUAUAUUAUACAUCAUUAUAAUUAUGAUGAUAAUCUUGAUAAAGAUCUUAUUGAUCUUGUUGGAAUUGACGGAGAACUGGUAGAUUUACGAAAGCUCGAUGGUAGAGAAUAUAUAUGGCCUUUUGUUCAGAAUAGGAAAGUAUACGUUCCCGUUUUAGUAAAGGAUGGAAUAAUUCGUCUAUUACUUGAUCCAGAUGAUGAAAUGAGUAUAAAAUUAUCAGGGAUAUUUCGUACUCGUCAACUGCAAUUAGAACAUCAGAAAAUUCUGUCUCCAAGAGCUAAAGACAAAAAAUUAAAGGUAAAAAAGAAGACCUAA